CUCGAUCAGUUCGAAAGAGUUAUUCGUUGCGAGCGGUCCACAUUUACACCUUGCAACAGGUGCGCUUCGUCGUCGAAUAAUCCGCCUGAUCGAUCGGGUAUUCGCCGAUGUCGGUUUCGGUCCACGUUAUCUUGCGCCAGAUCUGUCAUUUACCGUUUUCCUGCCAGAUCGGAGCAAAGUGCACAAACAUCCCAGCAACAGCAAAAAAAAGCUGCUAACUGAAUUCAAAAAAAACCCAAAAAAAUUGACAAAAAUAAGUGAAGUGCAAUCAAUAAUCCAGAGCGAUCCCUAUCAGGGCGUAAAAAAUGGUCCUUUUUUGGGCCAAGUGAAUUCAUUCAACAACUCGCGGGGCGUUCAAUUAUGCUAAGAGCACAGGCCAAAUGGCCAAGUGAGAGAGAACUUAAGACACCACUUACAGUCCGAAAAUAAAUACCAUUGAAAACUUCGAAAAAACCACCCACAACCAAUAAAGUUCAAAAAGGCUAUAAAAAAAACUUACCAAAUAAAUUGCUUAACAAAAGUGUAAAAAAGAACCCACAAGCAAGUAAUUAAAAUUCCACAAGAAGCUCAAUUUACUGCAGAACUUUAUAAGCCGAAAAACAAAAGGGGCCAAAAAAGCAGCUACAAGAACAUAAUGUCACUGCCAACAAGAAAAGACAACGAGAACUGAAAAUAAUUACAGGCCGAGAACAAUAAUAAUAAGCAACAUGAGCAGCCUGUCAGCAGGAGGAGGAGGAGGAUCGGGUGGAUCGGGAGGAUCGGGAGGAACGGGAGGAGGAGCAGAGGCCUCCACCAGCCAGCCAACAGUGACUGCCACUGGCAACAUGGAGCCGGCGAUGGUGCCACGUACCGCCAAUUUGCUGGCAUGCAAACAAUGGUGGCGCGUCUGCUUUUUGUACGGCGACCAGCAGAAAUAUUAUCGACAGCUCUAUAGCAAGGCGGCGGCCCAGCGGCUGGCGGACGCUAAUCAGGAGUCCGACAAUGGCCAAGAUCGGGAUCGGGAUAGGGAUCGGGAUCGGGAUAGGGAUCGGGACUACGACACCGUGGCCUGCGAUCUUAUCGCCGGGCAAUUAGAGGCCGGCGAGGAAGCGGACGAUGGCAUCGAUCUGGGCGAUCCGAGGGGAGGAGCUGUGCCCACGGGUCGUCCGCUCUUCCCGCUCUCCUCCAACUCCUCCUCUACCGCCUGCUCGCCGCGGCGCAGCAAGAAGCUCCUGCGAUCCCUGCGCGCCCACGUCCGCGGGGAGAGAUCGGGCAGGUCGGGUAUAUCAGGCACCUCGGUCGGGAGUAGCGAGCCCAGCGAGGUGACCCAGCGGAGCGCCAGGGUGACCGUCCUGGACGACCCCUUCCUCUUCGGCAUCGACGCCGAUCAUCUGGGCGACCUGGUGGUGCGCGGCAAGCGCUACAGUCCGCUGGACGCCGCCGAGAGCAUGGCCCAGUUCUGCGGCGAGCAAGAGGCCACGGCCCAGGUCCUGGAGAUCAUCGAACAGGAGGAGGAGGCGCCCAGGCCAGCCCUGCCGCCCAAGCAGAAGCAGCAGCGUCCAGUGCCGCCCCUGCCACCGCCACCGGCGAAUCGGAUAGCCCUUCAACCUGCAACACCACAAGUGCAGAACCUGCAACCCCUGACCGCCGGCGAUCUCCAGUUCCUGAAUUUGAGCCUGCGGCACAGGAGUUUACCGCGCAGCAUGAAGCCGUUUAAGGAUGCCCACGAUAUCAGUUUCACUUUCAAUGAGCUGGACACAAGCGCCGCAGCGGAAGUGGCCACAGGAGCCGCCCAGCAGGAGUCAAACGAGCCCAUCAGCCGGACUCCACUGACGCAGAUCUCGUAUCUGCAGAAGAUCCCCACGCUGCCGCGCCACUUCUCGCCCAGUGGGCAGGGCCUGGCCACGCCCCCCGCCCUCGGCCACAGCGGCCUGCCCAGCAGCUCCUCCGCCAGCGCCCUGUACGCGGCCCAAACCGCCGCCGGCCUCCUGCCCACCUCCCCGCUGCCCCUGCAGCGCCACCAGCAGUACUUGCCGCCGCACCACCAGCAGCUCCCUGGAUCGGGAUCGGGAUUGGGAUCGGGAUUGGGAAUGGGAGCAGCAGGAGGGCCUUCCCAGUACUCACCCAAAUACUCGAAUGCCCCGCUACCGCCACCGCCGCACCACCAUCACCAGCUGUCGCCGGCCUUGUCCACUCCCUCGCCGCCCUCGCUGCUCCACCACCCCGCCGGCGGCACCUCCUCCGCCUCGGCACACGCCCCCUUCCUGGGCGGACCGCACAUGGACCUGCAGCGGCAGUCGCACUCGGACGACGACAGUGGCUGCGCUCUGGAGGAGUACACCUGGGUGCCACCCGGACUGCGACCCGAUCAGGUUCGCUUGUAUUUCUCGCAGAUACCCGACGACAAAGUGCCAUACGUCAACAGUCCGGGGGAGCAGUAUCGAGUGCGACAAUUGCUGCAUCAACUUCCGCCGCAUGAUAACGAGGUUCGUUACUGUCACUCACUGACGGAUGAGGAGCGCAAGGAGCUGCGGCUCUUCUCCACGCAGCGCAAGCGCGAUGCCCUGGGCCGCGGCAAUGUGCGGCAGCUGAUGAGCGCCCGACCCUGCGACGGCUGCGACGACCUAAUCUCCACGGGCGACAUCGCCGUGUUCGCCACGCGACUGGGCCCCAAUGCCAGCUGGCAUCCGGCGUGCUUCGCCUGCUGCGUCUGCCGCGAGCUCCUCGUGGACCUCAUCUACUUCCACCGCGAUGGACGCAUGUACUGCGGACGCCACCACGCCGAGACUCUCAAGCCGCGCUGCUCGGCCUGUGAUGAGAUCAUCCUGGCGGACGAGUGCACGGAGGCGGAGGGCAGGGCGUGGCACAUGAACCACUUCGCCUGCCACGAGUGCGACAAGCAGUUGGGCGGGCAGCGGUACAUCAUGCGCGAGGGCAAACCCUACUGUCUGCACUGCUUCGACGCGAUGUUCGCCGAGUACUGCGACUACUGCGGGGAGGCCAUCGGGGUGGACCAGGGCCAGAUGAGCCACGACGGGCAGCACUGGCACGCCACUGACGAGUGCUUCUCGUGCAACACGUGCCGCUGCUCGCUGCUGGGCCGCGCCUUCCUGCCGCGCCGCGGGGCCAUCUACUGCUCCAUCGCCUGCAGCAAGGGCGAGCCGCCCACGCCGUCGGACAGCUCCGGCACGGGCAUGUACCCCACGCCCACCCCGCCCACGCAGCGGCUGCGGCCCCACCCCCCGGCGCCCCUGCCGGCGCGCAUUCCCAGCAGCCACGCCUCCAGCUCGCCGCCCAUGUCUCCGCAGCAGCAGCAGCAGCACCAGGCGACCUUCAACCAGGCGAUGUACCAAAUGCAAAGCCAGCAGCUGGAGGCGGUGGGUGGUCUGGGGGGCGGACUGGGUGGCGGACUGGCGGAGCAGGGCAAGAGCUAUGCCACCUCGGACUCGGACGCGGGCGUGGUCAAGGACAUGCAGCCCGGCGGCGAUCUGACCGACUUCUCGGGCGGCCGCGCCUCGAGCACCUCGCAGAACCUGUCGCCGCUGAACUCGCCGGGCGACUUCCAGCCCCACUUCCUGCCCCAGCCCAUGGAGCUGCAGCGCGACGGGGUCUACAACUUCAACGAGAUGGCCUCGAACCUGGACGCCGCCUGGCCGGCGAAGCCGGCGAACAGCUACCAGCUGCAGCGGCAGCUGCUGGAGCACCCGCACGCCGCCAGCAUGCCGGAGCUGGUGGAGCCGCCCGCCCACCUGGCGCAGCACCUGUCGCAGCUGCACGCCGUCUCCGCCUCGCAGCAGUUCCAGCAGCACGAGUACGCGGACAUCCUGCACCCGCCACCGCCGCCGCUGCCGCCGCAGGGGGAGGUGCCCGAGCUGCCCACGCCCAACCUGAGCGUGGCCUCCACGGCCCUGCCGCCCGAGCUCCUGGGCUCGCCCACCCACUCGGCCCUGUCCGCCCAGUCGGCCGGCCACGCGCCCCCCCACCCGGUGUCCAUCCUGAGCGGCGCCUCCUCCUCCUCGCCCAUGAGCGGGGAGCCGGGCACGGCCAAGAAGAAGGGGGUGCGCUUCGAGGGCAUUCCGGACACGCUGCCCCGAUCGCGCAGCUACUCGGGCAACGGGGCGGGCACGAGUGGCGGGGGCGGUGGCGAGAGGGAGCGGGAGCGGGAUCGGGACAAGGACAAGGACAAGGAGGGCGGCCAUGGUCGCCAUGGACAUGGCCACUCCUCCCGCAGGCGCAGGCGUCGCAAGUCCUCCUCCAGUGGCACACACCAUCGCAGUGGCAGCGGCCAUCGCUCGCACUCGACCACGCGGGCGGACACCUAUGCGCCCGCACAGCCACUCUCCGCCUCCUACCAAGGUCCACCCUCGGCGCUGCAGGCUGCCAGCCUGGUCCACGAGUCGCCCAGCCGACAGCAGAGGGAUCGGGAUCGGGAACGAGAGCGCGAACGCGAACGGGAGGAGUCGGAGGAGUCGGACGUGUGCUCCACCUGCUCUUCGAGCUCCUCCAGCUCCGAGGACUACAUGAUGAUGUACCAGCUGCCGCAGAGGCGCCACUACGGCGGCGUGCGCGUGAGCUACGUGCCCAACGACGCACUGGCCUACGAUCGGAAGAGGAAGCCCAGCGAGAUGGGCGGCGACAAGGACAAGAACUGCAUCAUCUCGUGAUGCAGCCCGCUGGAGGGGCUCUCCAAUCAGAGCCCAGCUGCCGAUGCCGAUGCAGGGGUUAUUAAUGUGGCCCCACGGGCAACUGCGACUACAACUGCGAGUCGUGGCUAACGAAGUGGCCCAGAACGCUGGCGGGGAUCAUCAAUUCGGUGGCCACUGCCACAGCCACUGCCACAGCCACUGCCACAGCCACUGCCGCACCACAAAGCAAAGCAAAGUUCAACUUGACUCUAAGGCGCCUAGGAUGCUAGGAUGCACACACAAACAUACAUAUGCAACUCCCGAGGAGGAGAGACCGUAGAAUAAGAGCCAACACUGUUCCAAAUACACAUCCGUAGUUAAGCUAAUGAAGAUUCAACCUACAUAUAUUUUUACAUUUACAAGACGCGCAGAGAAGAUAUUUGCAGAUUACCCUAUUUAUACAUUUAACUUAUAUUUAUUGCAUUACUAGGCCUACGAGAUACGCUAAGUUUGUACCUAGACGACUAAGUAGAAAAGCGAAGGGUCCCCCACACUCAGAUGCUGGCAAUUGGGCUAAUGAAACUAUACAAUAACUCUACUUUAAGGCGAUAACUGUAUGACAUUCACGAGAAUAAAGAGUUCAAAGAAAGUGGAUCCUA